UACGCGAACACAGCCCCUAAGCAUCGAUCUCUCUCCUGCCUCGAAGCCGACGGACCACCGCGACCCGCCACCACCGUAGACCACCGCCGGCGACCACCACUACUCCGACCGAGCCCCUUCUUCUCCCCCCUCUCAUCACUCAAGAUGGCCCGCACAAAGAACUCUACACGCGCUUCUCACACCGCAGUUGCUAGCUCUAGCCGCUCACAGGGCACACGAGGCGGCCGCUACCAGCCCCAGUUUGACACAGAAAAGGAGAUGCUGACAUACCUAGAGCUGAUGAAGAAGAAGGUGGGUACGAUGUACCACCCAGAUGAGCCCACACUGAUGGCAGCAGAGCCCACAUUAAGGGAUGAGGUGAUGCACUUGAUCAGGAGAGGUUGGUGGCAGCAUUUAUUUUUCGGCAUCCAAGAGCCGACUUUCAAGGAAGUCACGUGUGAGGUGUUAGCCACAAUUGAGCUCCCAAAGCUCAUACCGGAGAGGGACUAUCUAAAAAGGGGAAUAAGGUUCCAAGCAUUUGAAGACAAGCUGGAUACUUCGCUUAGUCAGAUUGAGCGCUAUUUGGGUUUUGAUGAUGUUGAGGUAGGACAACGAGACGAGGUUGGCCUUUGUGACCUCCCCCCGCAUGUGAACAGACAGGCCUUUUGGGAAUCGAUUAGCAGAGGGGGCAAGACUUAUAAGCCCCGAGAGACCCCAGCCACACUUCUUUAUCCCCGGAAGUUCCGAGUUAU